AGCAGCAAUUACGUUUUUGGCGCAAAGCGGAAACGGUCGUAUCUUUCUAGCAAAAGAAAACAAAGUUUAACGCUGCAGCGGCGCUUUAGGAGACAUGUUUUUUCUCAGGAUGUUACAUUACUCUUAUUUUCUGUAAAUAGAUGACGCCCAGCUGCUAUACAGUGACAUAUUUGAGCUGCUUUUAGAUUUAAGGAAGCGUUGGUAUUAGUUCAUACUAGCUUGUGCAGAUAUUUUUGUGUGUAAAUCGAGUUUUUAUUUUGUGCAUGGGAUUUGGUUGUUUUAACAGUAACUGCCUUUUUGUGAACUUUGCCCUUAAAUGGAUGAACACAAGGAGAAUAUUCAAGGGAAAGACGUCAAUGUGAAAAUGUCAGGGGAAACCGAAGAUGAAAAGACGAAACCGUGCAGCAGAAUACGUCCUGACGAAGAAACUGCUCCUCAGACGUCUCAGCCCAACAGAGACUUCAGUCACCCGGUUUACAAAGAAAUCUCUCUGGCCAACGGCCACAUCAACCGCAUGUCCAAGGACGAGCUGCGGAUCAAACUGGCAGAGCUGACGCUUGACACCAGAGGUGUGAAGGAUGUGAUGAAGAAGAGGUUGAAGAACUACUACAAGAAGCAGAAGCUGGUGCAGUCUGCAGCGGAGGGAGGACCCACGGACACCUACUACGACUACAUCUGCGUGGUGGACUUCGAGGCCACAUGUGAGGAGGAUAAUCCCUCAGACUUUCUGCAUGAAAUCAUCGAGUUCCCCAUGGUUCUCAUCAACACACACACCUUACAAAUCGUGGACACUUUUCAGGCGUACGUGAAACCAGAAGUGAACCCACAGCUUUCUGACUUCUGCAUGAAGCUGACAGGAAUCCCACAGCAAACAGUGGAUGAAGCAGAUCCGUUUCCAGAGGUCCUUCACAAAGUCGUGGAAUGGCUUCAGGAGAGGGAGCUCGGGACAAAAUACAAAUACGCCAUCCUGACCGACGGGGCUUGGGACAUGAGCAAGUUCCUCAACAUCCAGUGUCGGAUUAGCCGGAUCAGAUAUCCUCAGUUUGCAAAGAAGUGGAUAAAUAUAAGGAAGGCUUACUGCAACUUCUAUAAGGUCCCGCGCACGCAGACGAAGCUGAGCACCAUGUUGGAGAAGCUCGGCAUGAAAUACGAAGGCCGUCCUCACUCAGGCCUGGACGACUCGCGCAACAUCGCCAGGAUAGCCAUUCGCAUGCUGCAGGAUGGAUGCCAGCUGCGCGUCAACGAACGCAUGCACGGCGGCCAGCUGCUCUCGGUUCCCAGCUCGGCGCCGGUGGAAGGAGCUCCGCCACCUCGUAACCCCGGCAACAGAGAGUAGAACCAGACGCCUAACGCAACAGCCUUAAAAUCUGUCUUUGCCCGCAUCACUUACAGAAAGAGAAAAGCAUUUUAAUUUGAGCUUAAAGCUGGAAGUGGGGUCAUCUGUUAGCUGUUUAUCUUUUUUAUUUGCUUUUCUUAAGGAUGCAAAUUAAAAUUAAAAUAUCAAUUGUUCAUGAACCACACAUCUUACUACUGUUAUGUGCCAUUUGACAACAUACCGCCAGUUUUUCCUCUUUCCCAGGCUAAAGAAAACUUCCUGCAGACUCUGUUGUUCCAUAAAUAUAAGAAUUUCACAAAAAUAAAUUAAUCGAACCUCUUGA